AUGCCUGCUACCACGAGCCUGUUCCGCGCUGCCCGGCCGGCUUUUCGCCAGUCCGCCUUUGGCGCACACCGCGCUGCCUUCCAGUCUCAGCGCGCAAACGCCGGUCGCAGAUGGCAGAGCACCACUGCCGAGUCCCAGCAGUCGUGGUUCUCGCGCAUGUGGAACAGCCCCAUUGGCUUCAAGACCGUCCACUUCUGGGCACCCGUCAUGAAGUGGGCGCUCGUCCUCGCCGGUGUCUCUGACUUUGCCCGUCCCGCCGAGAAGCUGUCUCUCACCCAGAACGGUGCCCUCACUGCUACUGGUCUGAUCUGGACGAGAUGGUGCUUCGUUAUUACCCCCAAGAACUACCUGCUUGCCGCCGUCAACUUCUUCCUGGGAAUGGUCGGCAUUGUCCAGUGCUCCCGUAUCUUCAUGUACCACCAGUCGCAGAAGGAUGCCCCUCUGCCCGCCGCCGCCGAGCUGAAGGAGGAGGCCAAGGAGAAGGUCGAGGCUGUCAAGGACGCCGUUAAGGGCCAAUAA